AAGAUGGGCUGGAGACACACAGACUGCCUCGCAAUGCCUAUGUCAGGCCUUUUUAAAACAUUUGGAUCGCUUGUAGGCUCUUGUCCUUUUUAUUUUUUUGUCAUUCCUCUUAUUGUCUCGGCAGCACUCGGUGGAGGCUUCACCUUUCUCAAAGACAGGGAGGACAACGACUUUGAGCGGCAAUUCACACCCAGGAAAGGACCCUCGAAGGCAACAAGGGCAUUUGUCAAGGAAAACUUCCCCUACAAUGACUCGAUGUUUUCAGAAGACAGGUUGUAUGACAAGGGCAAGUCUGCAUUCCUCAUUGCUGUAUCAACUGACAACUUAAAUAUACUAGCAAAUCCUGCUUUUGAGGACAUCAUCAGACUCAACCAUAAGAUCAUUACCACUGUGCACAACGGGACACUUGGAUUUAAUGAGUUGUGUGCAAAAGCUAAUGGGAAAUGUGUCUCAAACACCAUCCUGGAAAUCAUUAGCUCUAAUGAAACUGAUCAAACCAGCAUUAACUUCCCAGUGUAUACACACAGAUCCAGCUCGGUGUUCCUGGGAUCUGUGCUAGGAGGGGUUAUCACAGAUGCCAACAGCUCCGUCAUAAGUGCUCAGGCUGUAAAACUCUUCUACUACUUAGAUAGCAAGGAAAGCACAGCUGACGCCUCAAAUUUAUGGCUGAGAGGAUUUAAAGAACUCUUAUCAGAUGAGACGGACAGCAAACACAUUGAUGUGUCUUACUACACCUCCAAAUCCAAGCAGGAGGAGAUUGACAGUCACACCACAGAUGGCUUCCCUUUAUUCCUCAUCACUUAUGCCUGUGCUAUCACCUUCUCGGUGAUAUCCUGCCUUAGAUUGGAUAAUGUGAGGAACAAGGUGUGGUUGGCUGUCUUCGGCGUCUUGUCCUCUGGCCUGGCUGUUCUUUCCUCUUUUGGCUUGCUGCUUUACAUCGGAGUGCCAUUUGUUAUUACAGUCGCAAACUCUCCUUUCCUAAUACUCGGAAUUGGUCUCAACAACAUGUUCAUAAUGGUGUCCGACUGGCAGCACACCAAUGUGAACGACCCAGUGCCGAAGCGAAUGGCUCACACUUACAAAGAAGCGAUCAUGCCCAUCACCAUCACCGCCCUGACCGACGUUGUCAAGUUCUUCGUAGGCGUCACGUCCAAAUUCCCAUCAGUGCAGUCGUUCUGCCUGUACACCAGCACCUCUGUCAUAUUUUGCUACAUCUACACAGUCACCUUCUUUGGAGCCUUCCUGGCUCUAAACGGGAGGCGAGAAGCCAGCAACAGGCACUGGCUGACCUGUAUGAAAAUACCAUCAGACAAAUCUGAUGAUCAUUCGGCGAUAUAUAACAUCUGCUGUGUGGGAGGCAAAUAUGAUAACAACACCGGAGCGGAGAAAAAACAACCAGCAAGUAAUUUCUUUAAGGAUUACUACGGCCCGUUUUUGAUCAAAUGCUGGGUUAAGGGAGUUGUAAUCUUCCUUUAUGUGGUAUAUUUAGCUACAAGUAUUUAUGGAUGUUUCCACAUACAACAGGGGGUUGAGCUUUAUGAUCUGGCAGCUGAUAACUCCCAUGUUACGAAAUUCAUUUGGAAGGAUAGGCAGUAUUUUUCUGAUUACGGUCCAUCUGUGAUGGUUAUUGUAAGUGAGGAAUUCCCAUAUUGGGAUAAGGGCAAAAGGCACCGACUUCAGGGAUGCAUAGAGUCCUUUAAAAGACUCCAGUUUGUUGAUGAGGAUGUCUAUACAUCUUGGCUGGACUCAUAUUUGUCAUAUGGAGAAGAAACACAUUUAAACCUAGAUGAUAAAGAUAUUUUUCUCAAAAAUCUAUCUCAAUUUUUUUAUUUAUAUCCUGUUUUCAAGCAAGAUGUGAACCUCACUGGCGGUGCCAUCUAUGCAUCCCGGUUCUUCAUUCAGACGGUUGAUAUUGCCAAUGCCAGCAUGGAAAUUCACAUGCUUAAAGGUCUUAAAACCGCUGCAGACAGAUGCAGUGCAGCAUCUUUAUUAGUCUACAAUGAGAGGUUCAUCUUCUACGACCAGUAUGGUGUAGUAGUCAGUAGCACGAUUAAAAACGUUGGCGUGAUCACGGCUGUGAUGUUGGUUGUCUCCCUCCUGCUGAUUCCAGACCCCCUCUGCUCAUUAUGGCUGACUUGUUCGAUUGGUUCAGUGACUGUGGGGGUAACUGGUUUCAUGGCGCUGUGGGACGUCAGUCUCGAUUCCAUAUCCAUGAUCGUUUUCACCAUCUGCAUCGGCUUCACUGUGGAUUUCUCCGCUCACGUGUCUUACGCCUUCGCCUCCAGCCAGAAGACGAGUCCUGAUGAUAAAGCGGUGGCGGCUCUCUCUAAUUUAGGCUACCCCAUACUUCAAGGGGCCUUGUCCACCAUUUUAGGAGUGUCAGUGCUGGCUACGUCUGAAUUUUACACAUUCAGAACAUUUUUUAAGAUCUUCUUUCUUGUUGUGUUCAUUGGGAUGCUUCACGGCCUCAUUUUCGUUCCAGUAAUUCUGACGUUGUGUACAUGCCGCUCAGGUAAUGAUGAAAAUAAAGACAACAGUCUGAAAAUCACCAAACUAUGACCGCUGUUACAAUGGUGAUAAUAAAAAACGUAUUCCAAAAUAUUGAGCUGUUUGUGUACUGCUGUUGCUGUGC